CAGGUAAUGUUACUGUAGUGUGUCCUUUCCUUUCUCACUGAGGACCGUAGUGGGUAAAGUAAGUUAACUGGGUCGCAAGCGGCGGAACUAAGAAAGUAUUUGAAGGGGAGGAUUCAAAUCAUAAAAGAUACCUAGCAAAUGAAGUAAUAUUUUUAAACAAUGAUGAAAGCACAGACAGCUCCUGUUUUUAUAUUUACGUGGACAUUAGUAAUAUUUCACUGUUGCUACUGUUUCUACCUUCCGGGUUUGGCUCCUGUAAGUUUUUGUGAAGAAGGGAAAAACAGCGCUGACUGCCAGUCUACCAUUCAACUGUUUGUGAAUCGCCUGGACUCUGUGGAGUCCAUUCUCCCUUAUGAAUAUGAUGCCUUUGAUUUUUGCCAAGAUGAUCAGGAGCAAAGGCCAUCUGAAAACCUUGGCCAGGUGUUGUUCGGAGAGAGAAUUGAGUCAUCCCCUUAUAAGUUUUCUUUCAUGAAAGCGCAGACCUGUCAGAAGGUGUGCAGCAGGACCUAUGAUCCGAGCAAGAAAGAAGAAAGGAAGAAGCUGAAUUUCCUUAAGAAAGGGAUGCAGCUGAACUACCAGCAUCACUGGAUUGUUGACAACAUGCCUGUGACUUGGUGCUAUGAAGUGGAAGAUGGGCUAAAAUACUGCAAUCCAGGGUUUCCUAUUGGCUGCCUCGUGACUGAAAGCGGUCAGCCGAAAGAUGCCUGCGUUAUCAACUCGCACUUCAACAAGCCAAACACGUUCUACAUCUUCAACCACGUGGACAUCACCUUGACAUACCACAGAGGAGAGGGGGAGGGCUGGACCGGGGCUCGCCUGGUGGGAGCCACUCUGGAGCCCAGGAGUUACAAUCAUGGUGCUAAAAUGAAAUGCAAUGGUGAACCCAUGGGCAUACCAUCAAAAUCGGAAAAGCCAGAAAAGAUCCAGCUAACUUACUCCUACUCCGUCAAAUUUGUGGAGAACAAUGACAUCAAAUGGGCAUCGAGAUGGGAUUAUAUUUUGAUUUCCAUGCCUCACACCAACAUCCAGUGGUUUAGCAUUAUGAACUCCCUGGUCAUCGUGCUCUUCCUGUCUGGCAUGGUGGCCAUGAUUCUGCUGAGGACACUGCACAAGGACAUCUCCAGAUACAACCAGACAGACCAGGAAGAGGCCCAGGAGGAGUCUGGGUGGAAGCAGGUGCACGGCGACGUGUUCAGAGCCCCCAGGAAAGGAAUGCUGCUGUCUGUAUUCCUGGGGCAGGGAACUCAGAUCUUCAUCAUGACCUUCAUGACUCUCUUUCUGGCAUGUCUUGGCUUCCUGUCUCCCGCCAACAGAGGCGCCCUGAUGACGUGCGCGGUGGUCCUGUGGGUGUUGCUAGGCACCCCGGCGGGCUACGUGUCCGCCCGGAUGUACAAGACGUUUGGAGGUGAGAAGUGGAAGACCAAUGUGCUGCUGACAGCUCUGCUGUGCCCGGGCAUAGUGUUCACGGACUUCUUCCUGAUGAACCUGAUCCUGUGGGUGGAGGGCUCGUCGGCGGCGGUCCCCUUCGGCACCCUGGUGGCCGUCCUGGCGCUGUGGUUCGGCAUCUCGGUGCCGCUCACCUUCCUCGGGGCGUACUUCGGCUUUAAGAAUGAGCCAGUUGAGAGUCCCGUGAGGACGAACCAGAUCCCCCGUCAGAUCCCACAGCAGCAGUUCUUCACUAAGGCCAUUCCCGGGAUCAUCAUGGGCGGAGUCCUUCCCUUCGGCUGCAUCUUCAUCCAGCUCUUCUUCAUCCUCAACAGCAUCUGGUCUCACCAGAUGUACUACAUGUUUGGCUUCUUGUUUCUGGUCUUCAUCAUCCUCAUCAUCACCUGCUCCGAAGCCACCGUCUUGCUGUGCUACUUUCACCUGUGUGCAGAGGACUAUCACUGGUGGUGGCGCUCCUUCCUCACCAGCGGCUUCACCGCGGUCUACCUCUUCAUCUACGCCGUCCAUUACUUCGUCUCCAAGCUGCAGAUCGUGGGGAUAGCCAGCACCAUUCUCUACUUCGGCUACACCCUCAUCAUGGUGCUCAUAUUCUUCCUCUUCACCGGUACCAUCGGCUUCUUCACCUGCUUCUUGUUCGUGCACAAAAUCUACAGCGUGCUCAAGGUGGACUAAAGGCUGGAGUCUCUUUGCUGGGGCGUGUUUGCGGGCAACACAAACGGAUGAAGGGGAGAGAUUUACACUACAUCAGCAGGCCUGGAAGAGAUGACAGAACGGACCAUCCAGGCCUUUCAAACCAGCGAAGGCUCGGAAGCCAUAUUCUGUGAGACCGAAGAGCAAACGUAUUAUUUUAUAGUGCCAUUACUAAUCGGUUUGGUGCCAAAACAGGCUACGAGAAUCCAAAGAUGCUGUGUCUUCCAGUGCUUCGUCCAAUGGGGAGAGUUUUAUUCCUACUGCUAGGUACUUUUUUUUUAUUUGGGAGGUGAACUCAUGACAGGCUAACUAUUGUGAAAAAUAUAUUUAUACAUCAGGUUGAAAUGGAUUUAAUAUAUGUAUAUUCUAGCAGUGAAAGAGCUGAUGAUUGUACUGAUGAUAUUGAGUUUGUAUUGAACACUGUCUGACCACUACUUUUUCUUUAUAUUCUUAAGAAAGUCCUGUUUGUUUACUUUAAAAAAAAAACUUGAAUAUGCAGACACUGAAUUCAAUGAAUGUCUGCUUCUGGAAUUGUGUGAAAAAAAAUCUACAGAUAUUUCAUUUUUUGUUUCUAAUUUUUCUAUCUUUCUUUUGGGGUAGAGGAGAUGGGAGGUAAGAAGAAUCUUGCACAUAAUGGGUUGAAUUUUAUUAAACCAUACCAGUGCCAUCAUAUCAAAUUAGUUGCAAUAUUCGUAUUUUAUUGAAUUUAUUUUGUUCUUAUAAAUUAAACAGUUGGUCAUGGGUA